UUCAACAGUGCUUUGCGGAACAAAACUACAGAGACCAAAACCCAUGAAUUAAAGAAAUGCCCAGAUCCCUCUCCACUUCUAGUUGGGCCUCUCAGGGUUGAGUUCUCUACGCCUGUCAGCUUGGAUACAGUGAGGAAGGAGAACCCAGGCUUGCAGGAAGGAGGUCGCUACAAACCACAUGACUGUGUCGCCCUCCAAAAGGUUGCUCUCAUCAUCCCCUUCCGCCUUCGUGACGAGCACCUCAAGUUCUGGCUCUACUACCUCCAUCCCAUCCUUCAGCGCCAACAGCUGGACUAUGGCGUCUAUGUUAUCAAUCAGGAUGGAGACAACACGUUCAACAGGGCCAAGCUGAUGAACAUUGGCAUUGCUGAGGCCCUGAAGGAGUAUGACUACGACUGCUUUGUGUUCAGUGACGUGGACAUCAUCCCCAUGGAUGACCGCAACACCUACAAAUGCUUCAGCCAGCCCAGACACCUGUCUGUCUCCAUGGACAAGUAUGGCUUCAAGUUGCCCUAUUAUCAGUACUUUGGCGGUGUCUCAUCGUUGAGUAAAGAGCAGAUCAUGAAAAUCAACGGCUUUCCCAACAACUACUGGGGCUGGGGUGGUGAAGAUGACGACAUUUUCAACAGGGUGAAUAACAGAAAAAUGUCUGUCUCUCGUCCGGACGGCGUAGUCGGAAAAUGCCGGAUGAUCCGUCACGAGAGAGACAAAAAUAACAACGACAAUCCUCAGAGGUUCAAGAGAAUAGCUCACACGUUAAAGACGAUGGAUACCGAUGGCCUCAACUCUCUCGAGUACGAAGUUGUUGCAGUUGAAAAGCAUGACCUGUUCACAAAGAUUACAGUAGACGUGGGGAUGCCACCCGAAGAUUAAGAAGACAUGGACAAAGGAUGAAUGAGGAAGAGAUGGACAAGCAGGGCCCUGCGUGCCCGUUUGUAAAUCCGGCUCUGUGAAGAAGGCAGGAACCAUCUGGAAUGAGGUCAAGAAAACUGCCCAGAACAGUACGAGAGAUGCUUAGUAAGAGGGCAGCGCACAAUCUAUUUGUUGCAUUAACCAAUAACUAUUGCAGAGGCUGCAGCGGUUAUGAUGCAAACAUGACUUAGCAUGAAUCUUUGAGGAGGUGUCAUGAUAUCCACCUACUAAUUGGCACUUUUGUCCCUCGAGCGGCCCAAUUGGCAGAGCAUUGUGUAGUGCUGCCUUCAACUGCUUUCGCCAUAACUCAGAAAAACAAGGUCACAACUCUGAAAUAACCCCCCUCCAAGUUCCAAUUACAAGUGAGAAAGUCUGAGAUGAUUUUGAUACCCAAGUUGCGACGUUUCAUCUCUGACCUUUCACCUUUUCAAGGAGCAAACUUUAGGUUUACAAAUACUGUAUUUUUGCCCUACACUAGUGUACAUUCUGUGUGUAAAUCUGAACUUUAAUUUAGUCUUUUGUAGAUAUUGGGCUAUUAUAGUGUGGCUACUGUGUGAGCCAUGGGAAACUCCAACACAAUGUUCAACUGUUCAAAAUAAAAUGACAGAGACCUCUUCUUUA